AGAAGAGGUAGAGCGUGCAUGGGGAGUUGCACCUUGGGAAUGGAAGAUGAACACAUUUCUCUGAAUGUGUAUACGUGUAAAAUGCCGAGUUUUGUCAGCAGAUAUGACGAAGAGACAGUCUGCAAUCCUUCAGAAAUGCUUGAUAAAGUUGAGACAUCAGGCACAGAUUUGAUUCAAGAUGUCAGGGAAACAAAGAUCCAAACACCAGACGGUGACGGGAUUUUGGAGACGCACACACACAGGGUUACGAGAAGGGGGAGUAAAGAAAAUGUUGAGGGAUACAAUUUCAGAAAACCGACUGCAGUGGGUAUUUUGAGGAGGAAUUUCGGGACGACGAGAUCCCCUACGAAUUUCAAAAACAAUUCAGAAGAUGACCAAAAACACCCAGAGGAUGCCAUGGUAGAAAUAGUUUUAAAUGAACGAAUUGAUCAUGUGGACCUUGAAAAGUCAAGUGGCAGUGAAACGAAUGUAAAAGAGCAAAUCGCAGAUCACAUAGAGGGAUUAACGUCAUCCGAUUUGAAUGAAGUUGAUGUAACAUAUUCUGACGAUAUUUGUGAAAGUAGCAGGGCUGACGACGAUGUCGUACAGUUAAAGGAGCAUGUUUACUGUACUGUAUACUGUAUUGCAAACGAUAACUACAGGAAACCAGCUGACAAUACCGGAGAACACCAAUAUAAUGGGGCGAUAACUCCGUCAACAUCAAACGUCAUUACAAAGCCAUCCACAGAUUUGCGGCAGCAGAGCAAUCUGGAAAUGGGCCACCACGCCGUUUCCGAUCCAUAUACCCUACCGAACCUGGUUGAUCCUAGAACUCUGAGCAACUUUUACAACGGGGAUUACAAUGAAUCAGUUGUUUUGCCAUGUCGCAUCUGUCUGGACGACACACACAUAAAGCCGUUACUUUGUUGCAAGAAGGCUGUCUGUGAGGAAUGCCUGAAAAUAUACAUCAUUUCACAGGUCAGGGUGGGCAGAGCGGACAUCGUUUGCCCCAUCACAGAGUGCAGUGGUUACCUGGAGGAGAGCCUGGUGGUGUCCCACCUGGGCAGUGAGGAAGUGGCCAAAUACAAAUACUUCCUGGAACUGAACCAGAUUGACUCUAGCACCAAACCCUGUCCCCAGUGCAGCCAGUUCACCUCGCUGAAAGGACACACCCCCAGCAGGGCAGAGCACAAAUACAAGAUCCAGUGCACAAAGUGCCAGUUUGUGUGGUGCUUCAAAUGCCACGCCCCCUGGCACGAGGGCCUGAAGUGCCGGGACUACAGGAAAGGGGACAAGCUGCUGCGUCAUUGGGCCAGCAUCAUGGAGCACGGCCAGAGGAACGCCCAGAAGUGCCCCCACUGCAAGAUCCACAUUCAGAGGACGGAGGGCUGCGAUCACAUGAACUGCACCCAGUGCAGCACCAACUUCUGCUACCGCUGUGGGGAGAAGUACCGCCACUUGCGAUUCUUCGGGGAUCACACAUCCAACCUCAGCGUGUUCGGCUGCAAGUACCGCUACCUUCCUGAGAAGCCCCACCUCCGCCGGCUGGUCCGGGGGUCCGUGUGUGUGAGUAAAGUGGUGGUGGCCCCUGUUGUCAUAGUCCUGGUGGUGGUUGUCGGAGCAGUAUCCAUGGUCAUAGGACUCGUGGCUUUUCCUAUCUUCUACAUCUGUAAGAAGAGACGGCAGCGCACCCAGGGUACUGGCCGUUGGCACUGAGCUGAGCACCAUGGCAGUGUGGUCAGGACCCUGCUCCAGAUACGAAGCCCAGGGAGGGGACACAGGGAUUUGGGGGGAGGGGGGAGGGUUGGUCUCCAUCCACAGCCUGAGAAGAGCAAUGCUUUCCAGUGGCCUUCUCUCUCUACUGCAUGUCUACCACAACACUGUAUGUGGCUCCUCCUCCAGCCUGUGGAUCUAAAGGCUCACAGAGCAGUCUACUCCUGUUCCGCCCACCUUACCUCCACAGUGUCUGGGCUCCUAUAGCAUGGCUAGUGAAACAGAAACACAUUGGGUAGAAUGGGAAAGAGUUACUGAAGACGUGUGGGUGAGUCUAUCACCAUUCUUUUGCGGACCCUGAGCACCUGCAUAUUUAUGACAUUUUCAGGGAUUUUAUUGUGAUGCGUCCAUACAGGUAACUACCAAAAUGAAGGAAAAACUUGAGUAAAUGAGGGAUACAAAGUGCAGUGCAUUCAGAAAUUUUUUGUCACGCUACAGCCUUAUUGUAUUU